CAUCACACACAACCGCACUUGACAGCUUGCCAGGUUAGAGGGGGGAAAAACACAGGGAGGAAACCAGACCUGCUGAAUAUCCACCAGCCAGCCGUCAUCUACAGGAUUCCUCAUCGACAUCUCAUGCAUCCUUCUUUCGGAUUAAUUAUGUUUCUGUUGUAACGCACAGAUGACAGCGUAACCGGGGCGGUAAGCUGCUCAGAUACCCCCAGAAACACGGCUCGCUUUGUGUGCAUAGGAUCUGUUGUUGUGACUGGACAUGAAUUCUGCGGAACAGACGGUUACAUGGCUGAUCACGCUCGGGGUGCUGGAGUCUCCGAAGAAGACCAUCUCGGAUCCUGAGGCUUUUCUGCAGACCUCCCUGAAAGAUGGGGUGGUGUUGUGCAGGCUGCUGGAGCGCCUCAGCCCGGGCUCCACGGAGAAAAUCUACCAAGAUCCGAAGAACGACGGCGAGUGUCUGAGCAACAUAAAGGAGUUUCUGAAGGGCUGCACAUCGUUCCGCGUCGAGCCGUUCGAGGCCAGCGACCUGCUGCUGGGACUGAACUUCUCAAAGGUGCUGAGCAGUCUGGUUUCCCUGAAUAAAGUCACUGCAGAUAUCGGCGUGGGCAGUGACUCGGUGUGCGCCCGGCACUCUUCAGCUCAUCGCAUCAAGUCGUUCGACUCGCAGUCCUCUCAGGCUUCACUGGCCCGGUCCUCCAAGCUGCUGCAGAGCCAGUUUCGCAGUCUGGACAUGUCGGAAAACAGCGGACAGCAGCUGCUGGUGAAAGCGCGUUUCAGCUUCGCACAGAACAACGAGGAUGAGCUCUCCUUUAAUAAGGGUGACCUCAUCAGCGUGAUGCGUCAGGAGGACGGCGGCUGGUGGGAGGGGAUGGUCAGCGGCCGGUCGGGAUGGUUUCCUAGCAACUAUGUCCGCGAGGUCAAAGGCUCCGCUCCAGACAAACAAGACAAAGUGUCCCCAAAGUCUGGCACCAUGAAGAGUCCUCCUAAAGGCUUCGACACCUCCGCCAUCAGCAAGACGUACUAUAACCUGGUGUUGCAGAACAUUUUAGAAACAGAGACAGACUAUUCCAAGGAUCUUCAGAGCCUCCUCACCAACUACCUACGACCUCUUCAGAGCAGCGACAAACUGAGCAGCUCCGACGUGGCUCUGAUUCUGGGGAACCUGGAGGAGAUCAGCACCUUCCAGCAGAUGCUCGUCCAAUCGCUAGAGGAGCGCACCAAGCUUCCAGAGAGCCAGCAGAGGGUGGGGGGUUUCUUCCUGAACCUCAUGCCGCAGAUGAAGGCUCUUUAUGUCGGUUACUGCUCCAACCACCCGUGUGCGGUUAAUCUGCUCACCCAGCACAGUGACGUGUUGGGGGAGUUUAUGGAGGGGCGAGGUGCCUCCACACCCGGGAUCCUCACCCUGACCACCGGCCUCAGUAAACCCUUCAUGAGACUCGCCAAAUACCCAAACCUACUCAAAGAGCUGGAGAGGCACAUGGAGGAGAGUCAUCCUGACCGGCCAGACAUUCAGAAGUGCAUGGCCUCUUUCAAGAAUCUGUCUGCUCAGUGCCAGGAGGUGAGGAAGCGUAAGGAGCUGGAGCUGCAGAUCCUCACCGAGGCCAUCCGGCUGUGGGAGGGGGACGACAUCAAGACCCUGGGCUCCGUCCUCUACAUGAGCCAGGUGUUGGUGCAGAGUCCCGGAUCAGAGGAGAAGAGUGAGCGUUACCUCAUGCUCUUCCCUCACGUCCUCCUCAUGUUGUCUGCCAGUCCCAGGAUGAGCGGCUUCAUAUUCCAGGGAAAACUGCCCCUGGCCAGCAUGACAGUGACCAAACUAGAAGACUGCGAAGCCCAUAAAAACGCAUUUGAGCUCAACGGCACGAUGUUUGAGCGUCUGCAGGUGGUGUGCUCCAACCAGCAGGACCUGCAGGACUGGGUGGAGCACCUGAGAGGGCAGAUCAAACACACCGCGGCCACCGGGCCCAGCCACAAACCCCUCACAAAUCCCUGCCACACGCUCCCGUCUCACCCUCUCACCCCGUCCCGGCAUGCUGAAGGGAGGGGCAUGACGGUGGCUCCCACCUACCACACCCUGCCUCACCCCUCCUCCCAUGGCUCAUCUCACAGCACCAUGAUGUGGGGCCCACUGGAGCAGCCCAACACCCCCAAACCCUGGAGCCUGAGCUGUCUGCGACCCGCACCCCCUCUACGACCCUCUGCAGCCCUCUGCUACAAGGAGGAUCUUAGUAAAAGUCCUAAGAGUGUGAAGAAACUGCUUCCCAAGCGCAAGCCUGAGAGGAAACAGUCUGAGGAGGAAUUUGCCUUGAGGAAGAGUACCGCUGCUCUGGAAGAAGAUGCCCAGAUCCUGAAAGUUAUCGAGGCAUACUGCACCAGCGCCAAAACCAGGCAGACUCUGAACUCCACCUGGCAGGGCACGGAUCUGAUGCACAACCACGUGCUGGCCGACGUGGACCGGUCCUGUAUGGACUCUCCGGGCCGCCGUAGCAGCGUGUCGCGGCCAGAGUUUUCCUCUGACCUCUCGGAGGACUCUGACUAUGACUCCGUCUGGACCACCCACAGUUACAGGAUGGGCUCAGUGCCACAGCCGCAAAAGGAAAAAGGGCUGCAUAUGAUCAUCCCUGGUGAUAAGAAAGUCCUGCUGGAGGGUCCUAGUCGCAACGGACAAAGUACAGCUGAAGAAAAGGGCCUGGUGGAUGUGGUGUACGCCCUGAGGGAUGAGGUUCGAGAGCUGAAACAGGAUAACAAGAAGGUGAAGAGGUCGCUGGAGGAGGAGCAAAGAGCACGAAAGGAUUUGGAAAAAGUUGUGAGGAGGGUUUUAAAGAGCAUGAACGACCCGACAUGGGAUGAGACAAAUCUCUGAGGACCGUGUGCACCAUCUGCAGCUGAAGCUUUAAAAGAAAAAAGAUAGAAAGAGCAUGUAUAUGUGUGAGCUUGCUUGCACUGUGUGUGUAAAAUGCAAACAAUCGCACACCUAAUUUAUGGUUGGUUGUGUGACUGAGAGGAUAAGGAGUGACUCUGUAAGCUGGUAAUUAUAAGAGGAGUGUGGGUUACUACCACUCUGGUUAAGAGACCGGAACCACAAUGCUGAACAAGCUCUAUUCCACUAAAACAUUUCUCAAUGACCAAGCAAGAUGGUGAGGAGAUUAUACACUUAACCCACUUCCAUCGUCGACUAUUGGAGGGGAGUGCUCCUGUUCUGUUUACAAUCAUAUAACUGGACGCUGUCCAAUGGUACAUAAAUGGUACUUUAAUUGUUUUAAUGGUCACAAAAGCCUUAGAAAAGUCUGAAAUUGAACCAUGACAUUUGAUAACCUCUAUUAUGUUAUUUAAUUUUGUAUUAAUUGAUUUUUGUUCUGUCUUAUCCUGACACAGGCUUACUCUUGUGUUUUAGCACAAAGUUAAUAAUCUGCCAGGAAAUUUAGCUUUUUUGUCUGUUUGAAUUUGUUUUUGUGCCUCGUUUUUGUACCUUUUUAUUGUUUUGACCACUUUGCCGUUUGACUUUCUUUCUAGGGAUCCUAGGGAAUUGUACAGAUGUUGAACGUGUACUGUAUAAUGUAAAUACUGCUAAAAGAUGAGCCUUUGUACUUUGGGAGAAAUAAAUGUUUGACUGAG